AUGUCAAAUAAUAUAGAAAAUAAUCAUAAUAAUAAUAAUAAUAAUAAUAAUGAUCAGAAAUCAAAUGAAGUAGCAAUAGAUGAGAGUAUGCUACUUGCAAAUAGAAAGAAAGCAUUAGAGAAAGAGAUAGAUGAUAUCAAUAGAUUGAUUCAGAAGAAAGAGAGACUACCGGAUGCACCGACCAACCAUUGGUAUCAAUCGUACCCACUGAUCGACAAGACCGUCAGUCAUCCAGAUUUCGACGUUUGGCGAAUCAAUACGAUUCUCAUGGGAUUCUCUGGUCUUGCAAUGGGUGGUAUCAUCGGUUACUCCGACGGUCUACAAGCAAUCAAAGAUCAAUUGAAACGUGCAUCACAUAAUCCUUUGUCAGCAUCAGAGUUCCAAAUGAAUGGUAGAAAGAUAUUAGGUCAGAGCGUAUUUAGAACAUCACUUAUCUAUUCCUAUAGAUUGUCAUUAUAUACAGGUUUAUUUUUGGGAACAGAUUUGCUUUUAAAGAACAAUGUCAUUGGAGAUAAACCUUUGAUCAAUCGUACUAUAGCUGGAUGUACAGUUGGUAUUUUAGCUGGUUAUCAUAUAAGACAUAGAGCAGGACCAAACAGUAUUUUAUUAGGUAGUAUUUUAGGUAGUGGUAUUGGUUUCUUAUCAGGUGCAAUGGAUAUUGGAAUUUCAAAGAUAUUUGAUAGUGGUGAUAGUGAUCAAAAAAGAAAAGAUAUUUCACAACUAUAA